AUGGCGGACCCUUUGUCAAUCGCCGGGCUCGCCAUCGGCGCCCUCCAGGCCAGCGCCCAGACGUCCAGCGCGCUCCUCGACCUGUACUCGUCGCUCAAGAACGCGCCAUAUCUGAUCGCGGCGCUCUCCAGCGAGGCCAGCGACACGCGGACGGUGCUGAUGGGCGUGCAGGGGGCGAUGGACGCCCUAUCGAAACUGCCCGCCCCGCAAGCAGCCGAGUCCCUGCAGAGCUUGCAGCGUCUAGUCAAGGACGCGAAAGCGAGGCUGGCCGACCUGGAUGCGCUGGUGACAAAGCUCGAGGCGGAAAAGGGAUCGGCAAAGCGCAUCAAGCUGGUGCUGCAAAAGUCCAAUGCCGCCAGCCUCGGGACCAAACUGCGCGAGGCGCGCACAAAGAUCAGCGACGUCCUUGCUUCCUCGACGUCGGUCUCCGCCUCGCACAUGCAGCUCGAGAUAGCCAGCAUCAAACUUAUGGUCCCGCAGGGCCACUCAGAGACGCAGGCCAAGGUCGACGGCCUAUGCGGAGUGACGGAGAACGUCUUGAACACUGUCAAGCAAAACGCCGACGAUCUGCUGCCCCUUGUCCAGGAGAUACGCGGCACGAGCAGCGCGCACACCCUCGCCCUUUCCCGUCAUGACCAGCAGUUCAACGACCUAUCAAUCAUUAUGCAGGCCAUGUUGGCUGAGCAGAGCUGGUCUUCCUUUAAAGCGCGCUUCAGGAGCCAACCCGCCUACUCGAAGCAAAGCACCCAGCAAACCCCGGAUCCGCGCCCGAGCCAGUCUCAUAACAGACGCGGGGGCUCGGUGUCUUCUCAGGCAUUGUUUCUCGUCGACCUGCGCCCUUCUAUGGCCCGUUGCGAUGACGACUGCCCCUGCUGCUGUCAUCGCGCGCCUUCUCGCGGCGCGCCGUCGAGGCUCAUUCCAGCCAUGCUCAAGACCUACCUUGGCGGCCUUUUCUUCGGCUACACCGGCCGGCCAGACACAAUCGCGACAUGUGAUUCUCGCUAUUGUGCCAAGGAAAAGAAAGCCCAAUUCCUGGUCACGUACGCGUUUCCAGCCUGCGGGAUUUGCCCCAUACCGCUGGGCGCGUUUCUUUCAAGCUCGGCACAAGAUCCGUCCUUCGACAUAGACGCAGUCAACGACCUAGGUUACAGUGCACUCGAAUUGGCCUGUUCUCGUGGGGACGAAGCCUCCGUUCGUGACCUGAUUCAUCACGGCGCGGACUACUCUGCGGCGGAUUGUCUUUACGCUGCGGUUAAGGGAGCCGCUCAUGAUGACUCGAUCAUUACCGCCCUGGUGGAGGCCGGAGCUGAUAUACGCUCGUAUGGCCCGUCUGUUCUCCUGGCUGCGGCCCAGAAAAAUAACGCGGCUGUGAUUCAACUCCUGGUAGGAAUCGGUGUACCCAUGGACGACUCCACAACAACCCAGCCACUGGGUGUGGCCGCGGUGUUUGACAACGCCGGCGUGGUGUGGGCGCUUUGCGAACUCGGCGCGAAUGUAAACGCCCGCGAUAUCGAUGGGGAUACCGCUCUGCACCUGAGUGUUGCACACAACUGUCAUUCGGCACUGCGGGUUCUGCUGGAGUACGGCGCCGACUACCAUCUCGGGACGAAGACGAAUCGUACCAUAUUGGACCUGGCGGCUUGUUGGGGCGACGUCGCAACAAUGGACAUGCUCUCCGAGCUGGAUUUGAGGGGCUUCGAUGUCAGCAAUGAUAACUACAAUGGGAAAUUUAUGCGCCAACGGUUCCAAAACCGGUUUCUCCCCCCAACAGACGAUCUCCUGGAAGCCUUUGAGCGUUUAUUUGCCGCUGCAGUCAGAGCAUCCCUGAAGCCCUGGCAUGGGGAAGCAUCAGGGUCAGAAGCAGGGGCGGGCGACGCGGGCUCAGAAGGAUGGGAAAUUAGCUCGGAAAGCUCUGACGGAAAAGAUAACGAGGACGACGAAGAUCUGUUCUUUGACGCGGAGGAGAGUACAGGUAGCCGCGCUGCCGAUAACUCACAUGCAGAACGCCCUGUUCCUAAAGCCAACCAGGUGCAGGAGCUGAAGCUAGGGCGGAUAGAUCGCAGAAGGUCAUCGAUUGCGAUGAGCGAUGCCGGUGAACCACGGCGAUAUAUAAUGGGAACCUCAGGCACGGCUCGGUAUAUCAGGUCGGAAGACGGCGCCAAGGAGCUGCUGAAAUCCCGCCGGGCCUAG